CUGCACCCCCCCUUGCUGUUUCAUUUUGUUUGUUGUUGUUCUGUGAGGGAAAAUGGCUGACGCAGCUGACACAGGUGUAGGGAAGGUGGAGGUCGUGAUCAAGACUGAAGGGGAACCGUCAGCCACAACACCUCCUCCCCCUCCUCUGACCCCUGCGCAGCGGCGAAAGAGAGAGAUACAAGAGAAACUGCAGGAGCAGCAGGCACUUCUUGCAGAAGCUGAGAGGCAAGAGGCUGCAGAAUUGGAGGCUGCAACAGAUGCUUCCAGAAAGGAGCAUCUGCUGCAGCAAGCAGAUAAGACUGUUGCUGAUGCCAGGGUGGCCCAGUGCACCAGGGACCUGGCUGAGCUGGUACUGUUGCGAGACAAAUUGACAGCCAGCCAUUUCACCAACUGGGAUGAGAGGAUCCAGAGACUGGAGACUCGUGUGGCUGAUCUGGGAACUCAUCAGACAAAGAUCCUGGAUUCAAUCCAGAACUUGACUGCUCAGUUAACAGCAACCAACAUCAUCAGUCCCCCGGUCCCUGUGGGACCCUCACCAAAGCCCAAGCAGUCUUCUCCUCCUCCUUCUCCACCUCCUGGCUCCUCCCAUCACUCUCAUAAGUCUUCUCCCUCAGUCUCCUCCCAGGCCAAAGCCACCCCUCCUCCCAACUUUGCUGCUGUUGUUGCUGGGGACUCACGAGGCCCCAAGAUCCCUGCCCCCAGCAAAUUCAAGGGGGAUGACCCCAAGAUUGAUGUUGGGGAUUGGGCAGCUGGGACCCAGGCAUAUCUCAAGGGGUUCCAGUGCCCAGAGCAGCAGAAGGUGGCAACGGUUGUGGGACUGCUGGAAGGGCCAGCCCUGAAAUGGGCUACCUCUACAACCAGUGCCCAGAGUCAGACUUUGGAGGAUUGGGCAUUGGCACUAGGGGCUGACAAACUUCUGCAGGCCCUGGAGGAUAGGUUUGCAGGCAAGGAACACGCCCGUAAGGCUGCUGACAAGAUCGUACGCCUUGGACAGCAGCGUUACAGCGGCAGUCUGCAGGCCAUUUUUGUUGAAUUUGAACAGCUCACCUCCACCCCUGGAUUGGUUAUGUCUGUUGAUGAUCUGCUGACUAGCUUUUGCAGGGCUGCACCUGAGAAGUUGUCAGUCGCUUUGUAUAGCGCCGGGCACAAAGACUGGCGCUCAUUUGGACGAGCAGCACUGGACAUGGAGGCCAAGCUCCAUGUUCAGGCCCCCUCCAGUGACAGGAGGAAAGGCGCCUUCCCUCGCGGUGGUAGAAAGAGAAAGGCGGCCUUUGCUUAUGCGGGUUCUGGAUCAUCAUUUGAUGCAGGAUCCCGGCCUGGAAGGGGUGUGGAGGAAGAGGAAGGAAAAGGGGGUCUGCUUGAGUGGCUAAGAGCAGUCAACCCAAAGAUCGACUGGCACAUCCCCAAGGUUGAACUGCCAAACAGCAAGGGGGUGUAUCAGCCUUGCAUGAUUGCAGCUGACCACCACCCUAAGACAUCUUGCUUCUGCUUGAGAGCGAGAAAGUUUUAUGCUCUCUCUCGCCAGUAUGACCAUGAGCGUCUGUUCAUAGCUCUGGUCAAGCAGACAGACGCUCCUACUACUCCCUGUCCUCCUGAGAUACAGCAGGUUGUGGACCAGUACACUGAUCUGAUGCAGGAGCCCUUUGGGUUACCCAACCGGCCAACCAAGCAUCAUAUUGAGCUGCUGCCUGGAGCGGUCCCUCCCAAGGGCCGCAUCUACAGGAUGUCGCCUGCUGAGCUUGAGGAGCUCAGGCGACAGCUUGAGACCCUGACCAGCAAGGGCUGGAUCAGGCCCAACACUUCUCAAUUCGGUGCUCCAGUCCUCUUUGUUCCAAGGGGGAGUGGUGAGUUCAGAAUGUGCAUAGACUACAGGGGUCUCAAGAAGAUCACUAGAAAGAGUACAAAGCCACUUCCUAGGAUCGAUGACCUCCUGGAUAUGGUCCACAGGUGCACCAUCUUUUGCAAAGUCGACCUCAAAUCUGGCUAUCACCAGAUUGAGAUGGCAGAGGAGGACGUCCACAAGACGGCCUUCAAAACCAGGUAUGGUACCUAUAAGUACCUGGUGAUGCCAUUUGGACUUUGCAAUGCACCUGGAACCUUCCAGACUGAGAUGCACCGCAUAUUCAGGCCGCAUCUGGAUAAGUUUAUGGUUGUCUACCUGGAUGAUAUCCUGGUAUUCAGCAAAACUACCAGGGAACAUGCGGAGCACCUGGCUCAGGUCCUUCAGUCAUUACGUGACAGCCAGUAUAAGAUCAACAGGGAGAAGUCCUCUUUUGGAGUUCCCUUUGUUAUCUAUCUGGGUCAUGUGAUCUCUGGAGAUGGGUUGGCCCCUGUAGCAGCCAAAGUUGCUGCUAUUCAGGAUUGGCCACAACCCCAGACAGAUGAUGGGAAUGGUCUGAGACCGGUAGAGUUCAUGAGUAAGAAAAUUAAGACUCAGAAGUUGCAGGACACCACCGACGAGAAAGAGCUCUAUGCUCUUGUUAGUGCCCUGAAACACUGGAAACACUUUCUCCUGGGCAGGCACUUCAAGAUCUUUUCUGAUCAUUCCACUUUGCAGUGGUUGAAGUCCCAGGGAGAGUUAAAUGAUAAGUUGGCACGUUAUAUUCAGUUCAUUGAUCUGUUUGACUUUGAACUGAAUCAUAAGAAGGGCUGCUACAAUAAAGUAGCAGACGCCCUCUCUCGUAGGCCUGACUCCUUUGCCUUGAUCUGCUCUACUCAUUCCUUUGGAGAGGAGGUCUGUCAAACCAUUGCUCAUUCUCUGCCUCAGGAUCCGACUUAUGGACCCACCGUCAGGAAUCUGCAAGCAGAUCCCAACUCUGAACCAGGUUAUGCCCUGAGUUCAGAUCUGCUGUACACUUACAACAGAGGAGAGGAGCGCUUGUGCAUCCCUGAGGAUCAGCAGCUGCGGACACUGCUGAUGUCAGAGUGCCACGAUGCGCGUGGACACUUUGGGUUCCUAAAGUCGUAUGCAGCCCUGUCGCAACGCUUCUUCUGGAAGGAGAUGCAGAGUGAUGUGCUGCGCUAUGUGGAUACUUGUGAGCUCUGCCAAAGGAACAAGGUCCAGCGUAAACCUCCUUUGGGAUUGCUCAAACCUUUGCCCAUACCUGAUGGUCCUACACAGUCUGUAUCCAUCGAUUUUACAGACUUAGGCAAGACCACCCUCGUGGCAUGCGUCAGGUUAUGGUCUGCGUGGACAGGUUCUCCAAAUACGCAAAGUUCAUCCCCUUGCCAGAGGUAGCUAGGGUACCGGCUGUGAGAGCAGCCUUUUCUGAG